AUGGGGAUCUUAGCCAGCGCUGACAACGACGAUAGAUUCGAGCUCUUCCUCCUCGGCGACGACGAAAAGAAAUGCUCUGAAGAAGUAGACACGCGCACGCCCAACUCCUCCGUCUUCACAUUCCACAAGGAAGACCAUACGCUUGCGAAUAUGAUUCGUGCGCAUCUGCUCAAGGAUCAACAUAUUCUGUUUGCGGGUUACAAAAUUCCACAUCCACUCUUCGCGAAAUUCGAACUCCGCAUCCAAACCGACGGCGUCAUCACACCCAAGGAAGCGCUUGUCAAUAGCUGCAAAGCGCUCGUCGGAGACCUUGCCAUAUUAAGUCGGGAGUUUACGAAGGAAUAUGAGUUGAGGAAGAUGGUUAUGGGGGAUGCGACGGAGCAGUAA